GUCUUACAUGUGCUAGCGACACAGUUGGUUCGCACCGAACCAUCGAUAUGAUGCGAUUGCUUUGACCCACCACUCAUUUAAUUGCAGCAGUUACGCAAUUAAACGUUUUCUCAAGUGUGUUUUACGGCGAAUUAUUUUUUUUGGCGGCUACGAAGAAAAGGCAGAAGAGAGAAGAUAUAUACUUAUUAGUGGCAUGUCAACCGCGAGCUACGUCGUACUUGCAGACAGGCAAUUAUGAAUCGUUGGCUUGGUAAAACCGCGGUCGUUACCGGCGCUGGAUCCGGCAUGGGCGAAGCAAUUACAUGUGCUCUUCUGCGAAACGGAGUAAACGUGGGUGCUCUGGAUAUCCGGAAAGAAAGAUUGACGGAGCUCGAUGAGAAAUGUAAGCGAAAUCGUACUUCGGGUAAACUAUUUCCCAUAUGCUGCGACGUAACUGUCGAGUGUGAAAUUAAUAAGGCAUUCUCGACGAUCGAGACGUUGGGCAAUGUGGACAUCAUGGUCAAUUGUGCUGGCAUCAUUGAUUAUUCGCGCAUAAUUGAAAGUGAUAGGAAAAUGUUCGAAAAGCUGCUAAAUACUAAUGUGCUCGCGUAUGCUGUGACUAUGAACAAGGCCGUGAGCUCGAUGCGCAAGCGAAACGUCGAAGGGCACAUUUUCAAUAUCACCAGUGUUUUAGCUCACUUGAAUCCUAUACAAGGUAUGUCAGAUAAAGAUGGUUGCAACGGAUAUAAUUUGUAUCCUGCUAGUAAGUACGCCGCUCGCAUUAUGACUACCGCAGUACGACGAGAGAUAGCAGCCGUUCAGGCUCCUAUUCGAGUUACAAACAUCAGCCCUGGUGCAGUGAGAACUAACAUAAUUAAGGACAUGGAAGAAUUUCAUGAUUUGUUCGAUAGAAUACGGUGUAUUGAACCAGAAGAUGUGGCGAAUGCGCUCGUUUAUGUUCUUGGAACACGACCAGAAGUUCAGAUUACGGAGCUUACCAUCCAACCUACCUUGGAAAUAAUAUGAACAUUUUCAACAAGAUGCCCAUCUUAGCGCAUCAACAACUUUACGAGAAACUUGUGUUAAUAAUGGAGUAAGAAACUUAGGAUCGUGAACUAAGUUUACGCAUACGUUUUGGAUUGCAUGGAAAUAAAAUUUUCACAUCUAA